AUGAUGAUAAAUAAUCGGUUGGCCGAAUCUAAUCAAGCUUCUCCUUUGUUGCAACCAUUACAACAAACUUUGCAUCCAUCUCAAUCUCAUCAAUCGCCUCUUCAACCCAUGCAAUCGUCUCAAUCUUUACAACCUUUACAACCUUCUCCCACACCUUCUCUUCCUAAUAAUAAUAAUAAUAAUUCAUCUUUACAAAAUCACCGAUUAAAUAAUCCAACAACAACAUCGACUUCUUCCUCACCUUCAUCAUCAUCAACAAAUUAUCAUCAUCAAAAUCAUCCAAGUUAUCAAAAUCUUCAUAAUAUUCAGUUACCUAAUAUAAAAGUACCAUUUCCGCCAAUAAUCAAUCUAAAAGAAUUAAUCUCAAGACCAAGAAAAGGAAAAACAAAAGUUCCGUCAAAACCACCGAAUGCUUUUAUGAUUUAUCGUAUGCAAUAUGUUAAAGAAUUACACGCAAGAAAUCAUCGUCUACCAAUGAGAAGCAUAUCUCCUUCUGUAGCAAAUUCUUGGAGAGAAGAACCAGAUUCUGUUGUUAAUCAUUAUGAGCAACUUGCCAGAGAUGCAAGUAAAUAUUACAAUUUAAAAUAUCCCAAACCUCCUCCCUCUACUUCCGUUUCUUCCACCUCUAUUAUUAAUUCAACAACCACAAUUAGAGCACCAUUUGAACACAAGAUUCCUUUACAUGAUGAAAAUUCAAUUAAAUCUUUCAGAUCUUUAACUAAUAACAACAACAAUAUUCCUUCUUUGCCUCAUUUUAAUUCGUUAAAUAAUUACAU